CAACAGAUAGGAGUUGAGGAGAGUCGCGAGGAGCCGUUGAAGACCAUCUUCUUAAUGCCAUCGGUCUGCUUCAUCACUCCCGGUUGUGCGGUCAGGAUCAGCGGCGAAUCGCCUCUCCAUACCGCUGAGAACUCGUAAGGCCGUGACUCGUACAUUACGGGCAUGUCAAAUGUAGUUGGCAAUCGUACCAUGUAUCGUCCAUCGUUCAUCCGAGUGUGGUGCUCACGAACAGGUCCUCGCACUGCUUUUCAGCAUCGGUGAGGGGCAAUCGACCCAUCUGCAUCUCCUCUUGCUCCCAGAACUUCCGCACCAAGGAUGUGAGUUCCUCCUCGAGCCGGCAUUGCAAUGAUGAGGCAGGAGAACACGAGUCGCUAUCGCCCACGACUCUGGAGAUAAUCCAACUGAGCGACGUUUUCAUAGCGAUCGGCAUGGUUAGACCGGCUUUCUUCCACCGGAUCCAAACUAGCGAAUUCAAAAUCGGCGAGUUGAAGUUCAGGAAUAUGCGGCAACAACACUGUCGACACUUCCACGCGAGAGACCAACGCAGAGAUUCUUGGCAGAACUAACGCAAAUAUGCUCGUUGAAAAUCCAUCGACUCUAGCGGAGAUCUGGAGAGUGACACGACCCGCGAUAUUGGACUUCUGACCGCCCAAUCCGAAGAACGUAACAGUGGCGGCUCUGCGCGGGAGACACAAUCGUUGUGUAAGGGAUGGCCUCUCGAGAUUUCGGGUCGUAGUUCGUAAAUUCUCGUAAUGGUUUUCUAAUAGCUUUUAUUCGUGACUCUCGUAGUGCACGUCACGCUACCGUCGCGCCACUCACGACGUCCUCCGUUACUACGUUACAAUGUUACGCAGCAACUUAACUCUCUUACAUUAGCCAGCCUGACCUAUGUUCGACCGCGACAUGUACAAUAUAUAUAUAUACACAACACUAGCGUUUUGAAUACGAAGUUGGUUACAUGUACAAUAUAUCAUGCGCUCGAAAGCUACACAAACAAAAUACAACUCAUAUGAUCAAAAAUAAAAAAUUUGAAAUACAAAAAUAAAUAAAUUCGGUCGCUCGUUACCAAAUUAAUAGAACAAUGCUAAGAAAAUAAAUAAACAUAACAUACUUAUGUGAAUAAUUUGCAAUCUCUACCAUUGCAUCGCCCAAUCGUUAAAUAUAUCUUAACUAAACUUAAAUUCUAUUACCACUAACUAAACUUAAAUUCUAGGCUUUCACAAUCGGGUUAUCUUUUCGCCACGGUCGCAUGUUACACGCUUGCCAUACUCCCUUAUAGGCUUUAUGCGAAUGUUGACAACCAUCUACAUCUACUAUCACAUAUCUAUCAUUUCAUAAACAUUUAUUUAUCUUAUAUGGCCCUUUAAACUGUGGAAUCAAUUUUUUAGAAACUCCUACCGUACUAUCAAAAUUUUGAUCAUUACUAAAUUCCCCUCCUGAUAGGGAUGCGGAGAUUUUCGUUUUUGAUUUGCAUAUGCCUUAUUGUAUCGCUGAGAUACCUCGAUUUUAUCCAGCUUCAUCUCUAAUCGCGUCUAAAUUUCGGUCACUAUCAAAUACAUAAGUUUGCAAAUAAGUUGAAAUGGUAUCUUUAACCCUACCUCUUUGAUUUAUGCCGAAUAAAAUCUGACUAGGUGUUUGUCCUGUACUUUUGCUGAUCGUAUUAUUUAAUGCGUAUUCCACAUCCUCUAACACUUUAUACCAGUAUUUUCCCCUUUCAUCCACUAGUUAGCCAACAUUGGUGUAAUCAUUCUAUUAAUUCUCUCUAUCUGGCCAUUUGCUUGAGGUGAGCCAGUAGCUAUUAUUAUAUGCUGAAUAUCAUUUUGCUCAAGAAAAUCACGAAAAUCUUGCGACGUAAAAGAUGCACCUCUAUCGGAAAUGAUUAUCUCUGGACGACUAUAAUUAGAAAAGUAACUUUCCAAACAUCAUAUCACCUCGACUGUCGCAGUAGUCUUGGUCGCAAAAUAGUUUGACAUAUUUUGAAAAUGCAUCUAUGAUGACAAAUACAGCUUACUUAAUCGUGUCUUAUCUAUAGGACCGCAAUGGUCAAUGUGUAAAGUAUGGAACGGUAUUUUCCCUUUGGGAAUACUGUACAAAUACCCUUGCUUAGCGCCAUAUACGGGUGAAUACGCGAUAUAUUUUAAGCAAUUUCGUAUAUGUGAUUCUACUUUCUGUCGAAGUUCAGGAAACCAAUAAUUAUACAUAAUAACAUCGAUUGUCUUAUUCACAAAUGACCUAAAUGACCUAAUUCGUCAUGAUAUUUGUAUAAUAUAUGAGGCUCCAUAUGGGAUGACACGUAAAAUAAAAUUCUUCCAUCCUUCUUGUGGUAACUUAAUCCAUUACGCAUUUCAAACUUCGAGUCUUCCGUAAUUUCUAACUUAUUUUUUAAUUCCGCAAUCAAUGGAUCUUGACUUUGGACGACAAUAAGAUUAUGCUCUAAAGGAUUAUCUUCUAUGACCAUAAUACUUGUUGCACGGCUUAAUGCAUCGACAUGCUUCAUACGCGAACCAGUUCUAUGUUCUACAAUAUAGUCGUAGUGUUGUAAUUCUAACGUCCACCUCGCUAUGCGUGGACUUAUUUCCUUCUUAUUCAAAGUAAGCUUUAAAGAUUUGUUACGUAAUGUAAAGUGGAGAUAGACAGACUAAUUCGGAGAUGCAGAAUGUUUUCUCAUAUCAUGGAUGUAUCUAACGGAAAGAUCGCAUAUAUACAAGAAGUAACCCGAAAUGCGUGCCAGCGCAUGCACCUGACUGGACAUGCAGAGAUAGCAGGCGUUGUAAUAACAGGCUUAAGGUCAAAUGAAACCACGAGUCGUCCAGCUACAUUUGCUGGCCACGUAGACAACACGGGAAGCUGUAAUGGGGGAGCCUAUUCAGAUCCCUAUGGAACCUGGACCGAAGUAAUAGUAAUCGGUACCAUAAAAAUUACCUUACAAGAUUACAUUGCAGAAGUAAGGAUAAACUUUAACCGUGUACAAAUGAGAUCAGGAAUCACCUGUGAACUGAGUGACACCUCAUGUUUAGACAUGGAAGGUGAAAACACAUUCUGGGAUCAUUACCACAGGAUAUUUGCAAAUUCACAAGCUACAGCCUAUUAUAUGAAGGAUACGUAGAAAAAAUAGUUGAUUAUAUAACCAAUCAAGCACAGACCGUUUUUUCCUUAUCAUCACAGCAUACUACGUUUGCUCUAGCAACUAGAGGGUUAAAAUUUGUAUGCGGACAUACACUCAUAAGAACAGAACAUCCUAAAUUAAUAAUAUUUGAAACGAAUCCUGGAGUCACUGUAUUUAAAAGACCAGUACGAGUAUCAAACUUGGACAUAUUUGCUUACAUGAAUUCAAAAUUCAUAUAUGUAGAAAGACACAUUCGAUCUCAAAUUAAUCAAUUAUAUCGAAACAUAUUAAUUCAACAAUGCAAUCUCGAACAACAAAUGUUGCAGAAUGCACUAGCCAUAUCCACACAAGCACCUAACAUAUUCGCAUGUUAUUUAAUGAAAGGACCAGGAUACAUGGCAUUGCUAGCAGGAGAAGUAAUCCAUAUAAUAAAAUGCGUACCAGUAGAAGUAAAAGUUCUGCACACGAAGGAGUGUUACAACCAGCUGCCAGUUAUCCGUGCCAAUCGCACCUUCUUUUUAACUCCACAAACACAUGUAUUGUUGAAACAAGGCACACAAACUUCUUGUAAUUUGUUAGCAUCCACUAUGUAUUUUCUGGGAGACUCAUGGUAUAAAUUACCACCAAAACCAGUCGCUACAGUACCACCAAUCACAAUAAAACCGUUAACUAAACCAACAUGGAAGUAUAUUAGUCCUGGAUCACUUGCAACCAGCGGCAUAUACACGGACGAGGAUCUGAAGAAUCUUCGAGAUCACAUCAUGUUUUCAGCAGAGCGGCCGGCAGUCCUCAAUACAGUAGCACGAAGUGUAAUGAGCCGCACAUCUACCCUCCACGAGGGCUCAAUUGCCAAUCUUCUCGACGAAGCAUCAAUAGAGAAAAUAGCUAUUUCAACUUGGACAAAAUUUUGGAGCAAAUUUUUAAUUUUUGGAAACGUAAGCGCCGGACUCAUCGCGAUAUAUCUGAUCGUCAGGGUAGCCAAGCUUGUACUGGAUACUCUCGUACACGGUACGCUUUACACACCGUUUAUGGUUGGUCCGUCUAUUUGAUCGGAGCCAUAUGGGACUCACUCACACAACUAUUACUGCACCGGGGAAGGAAAGAGGCACCGGCAUCCGACCCAUUAUCACCAA